GGGAAGUUGAGCGUUCAACUGACAACAGUAACAUGUGACGUACCGAAGAUAUGUAAGUGAUCAAUGGAUUUUUUGCUUAAUUGACGCGACCGCUUGGAAAGCGAAGGAUCACUGAAACAGAGUUGGACCUGUGAAGUUUUUUGGGUGAAUGGUUCGUGUAACACCCAACUAUAAAGCGGUCUGUUCUCGGGUAGACAAGCGGGCUGCUUUGGGUAAAGCGUGUAUCGGAAUUAGUUUACACCAAGUUUUUUUUUGACUUUUUGUGUUUCUUUGUAAAAUGAGGAACCCGUUGGACAGACGCUUUUAGGAUUGUUCUUCGGAGACAACAGCCCUUCUCGGACCUCCGUCGCCGGGCGAGAGUCAGGCAUCGUUCGUUAGAAGAGUAUCAGAAUGAUAAAGCCCAAAGUGGGUCGGAUGUUUCUGGCGACAUGCGUCGGAUCGUUUUUCAUUCUUAUAUUAUACUUCCAGAACAUCUCAAGAUCAGCUUCUGAACAGAUUUCGGGCUGGAACAGUUUCUCAGUUAAAUCGGGAAGAAGUCCUUUGCAGACACUACAAGAAAAUGACCAGCUGGAGCAGUCUGCAGUGCAAGCCACUCUGCAGGGUCGAAGGGAACUCCUGGAGGAAACCUGUCGCACCCACACCCGCAAAAGACGCGUACUUGGCCCGGAGGACCUCCGCCACCUCAUAGUGGACGAUAAACACAAGUUAUUGUAUUGCUAUGUCCCCAAAGUGGCAUGUACAAACUGGAAACGUGUGUUGAUGGUACUAACAGGAGAUGGGCGCUAUCACGAACCACUGGCUAUUCCGGCCAACGAGGCUCACGUAGCGGGCAACCUGCGUUCGCUCUCAGAGUACUCCACGGCUGAGAUCAACAAGCGCCUACGCACAUAUCUGAAGUUCGUCUUUGUGCGCGAACCCGUCGAAAGACUUGUCUCGGCAUAUCGCAACAAGUUUACCCGUAGCUACAACACGGCCUUCCACAAACGCUACGGGACCAAAAUCAUCCGGAGGCAUCGUGCGGACCCCCAGGCUGAAGCACUGGAAAAAGGCAACGAUGUCUCCUUCGAGGAAUUUGUGUAUUAUUUAGUAGACCCCCAAACUCAGAGAGAGGAACCGUUCAAUGAGCACUGGGAAAGGGUUCACUCGCUUUGCCACCCUUGCUUGAUCCAUUAUGACGUGGUGGGCAAGUACGAGUCUCUUGCGCAAGAUUCGCGCUACAUCCUGAAGUUAGCAGGUGCCGAAGGAGAGGUCAAAUUCCCGGCCACGUCCAAAAGCACCAGGACCACGGGUGACAUGGCCGCCAAGUUCUUCGACAACAUCAGUCCGUUUUACCAGAAGAAACUCUUCAACCUUUACCGAAUGGACUUCUUGCUUUUUAAUUACUCUGUGCCGGCAUACUUGAAGUUGAGAUGAGGGUUUCAGCAAGUUUCAACUAAUCCAUAACUUGCACACGCGGAUGUGAGUCUUGCGGGCACUGAUGCUUAAACUUUCGCUCUUGUGUCUGGAUUCGAGUGAAUUACCUGAGGGAACCUGUAGAGGAUGCGCCUUGAAUAUGGCGUCGCCCUCGCUCCCUUGAGGCAAAAUUCAGCAUUGUGAACAGAUUAGUGCUGGCUGGGGUGUUUCAUCCCAUCCCGAAAGUUCACAAAAUACUGUCUGAAAUUCCUUUGGCUUUGGUAACUUGCGACCGAGCUCCAAGUAUGUGCCUUUGUCCUUCUGAAUGUUGAUAAGUGAAGCGGGAUUCUUCAUCAACAGACAAAUGCUAUGAAUGUUUCAUCUCCUUUAAUUUUCACCACCCAAAAGGAUAUUUAUGGUAUUGUUUACGUAGCAUAUUUAUUGUGGAUUUUGCUCUUGAACUGGAACCAGCAAAGCCUUGACGUUAAUCUCGAAGAGAUUCCUUGAAGCUGAUCUCAAAGCCUCCUUUUUAACAUUCCCUGGAUAUGAUUUCAGACCUUAACCUUACGCCCAAUCACAAAAGUAGUUUCCAAGUCACAAACUGUCAACUUUUUCAAGCAGAUAGCUGGUAACAUGUUGGAAGGAGACAAGGGUAAGGGAAGAAUUUAGACUUCUCCUGCAUUCGCAAACUGGACAAGGCUGUCUACCUUGGCCGGUUUAGCUACUCUGGAAAGAAAUGGUGUUCUCACAGAGUCACCUCUAUUUAGCAUGUAACGGGCUAGGUAAACAGUGCAUAGCUGUGGUUGGGGAAAGGUAGACCCUCAUCAGUGCGGCUCUUGUUAAGCUAUGGAUGCAGGGUGAGGUCUAAACUACUCACUGGGCAUUGCAGGUCAAACAUCAGCAUGAUCCUGGGAGGAAACACUCGUCUUAUGAAUUUAUAAUAAGGGUUGAAGUGCAAUAAAGGUUUUUAGAGAGGUACCAGUAUGUGUUUAGAGGAUUAUCUAUCCCUUAGAACUCUUAAAGUGAGAGAAAAUCAAU